AUGCUCCCAUCGCCGCCUUCAUCCCCGGAUUUUCUCGCACCAAAACGGCUUUUUAAGCCGGUACCUAUAUUUGUCUCCCGUGAGAAAGGACGUGAGACGCGGCAUAAUUUGUUUUUGAAAAAAGUCAGAAGAGGGCGCGAGGAUAAGAUCAUAAAAUCAAGGGGCGGAGAAGAUGAGAUGAUGCGUUUAAUAUUUGUGUCUGAACAGAAGAGGUGGGAAGCGACACAAGCUAGAGCUGCUGCAACAAUAUCAACAAUAUAUGAGGAAGAGGAGUUUGAAGUUGAGGAGACACAGGAUUAUGAACUCCCAUAUCACGCUUCCGGUAUCGAUGAGGAUGAUGAUUUCGACCAGCUAAUCGAGCGUGAGGGAGAAGAGCUCGAGGAUAUGCUUUCUCAGUUGGAUCUAGACUUUGAUCAUGCCGUUAUUGACGAUUCCAUCAAAGAGCAUGAUCGAGUUAACGUAACAUUGUCAUCCUCUGUUACUUGA